CCAGAUGAUAAAUAUCCAAAUGUGGACCGAGUCCAAUGUAUCCCCAAAGUUAUGUCUUUCCUGUCUUAUGAAGAACAUCUGGGCAUCAUCCUUUUGUCUUUUGCCUUACUCUUAUUUCUAACCACAGGCCUUGUUUUACUCAUAUUCAUUAAAUACCGAGAAACUCCCAUUGUCAAAGCCAACAACCGGGACCUCUCUUACAUCCUCCUGAUUUCCCUCCUGCUUUGCUUCUUGUCUUCUUUUUUCUUCAUUGGUCAGCCAAGGAAAGCCACCUGUCUUCUUCAACAAACAGUGUUCAGCAUUGUCUUCUCAGUUGCUAUUUCUUCUCUUUUGGCCAAAACAAUCACUGUAGUGCUGGCUUUCCUAGCCACAAAACCAGGAAACAGAGUGAAGAGAUGGUUGGGGAAGAGCUUGGCCAAUUCAAUCAUCCUUUCUUGUACUUCUAUCCAACUUAUCAUCUGUUCCAUCUGGCUUGGAGUUUGUCCUCCAUUUCCUGACUCUGACCUCCACUCCCAACCUGGAGUAAUCAUCUUGCAAUGCAACGAAGGCUGUGUUGUCAUGUUCUACAUCACACUCAGCUACCUGGGCUUUUUGGCUGCCAUCUGCUUCACAGUGGCUUUCCUGGCCAGGAAUUUGCCUGGGGCCUUCAAUGAAGCCAAGCUAAUCACUUUCAGCAUGUUGGUCUUCUGCAGUGUCUGGGUGACUUUUGUGCCCACCUACCUGAGCACCAAAGGGAAAUACAUGGUGGCUGUUCAGGUCUUCUCCAUCUUGGCCUCCAAUGCUGGACUGCUGGGCUGCAUCUUUGUCCCCAAGUGCUAUAUUAUCAUUCUGAGGCCAAACUUGAAUACAAAAGAGCAGCUUACAACCAGAAGAAUUGUAGAAAUGUGA